CCCACCGAGCCCUUGUGUCCAUGAGCACCAAUGCCAGGGUUAUGCUGGCGGGAAGGGGUGAGGAUAGUCCCAAAAGAGAGCCGAUGGAUGUGGGAGUGUGGUGGGACAGGGAGGCCUCAUCCUGCGCUUCUGCCAGCGCCGCCGUGGCUGUGGGCCAGGAGCAACCUGGCACGCUAUUGAGGAGCAAUCCUGCCCAACCUGUUCCUCCAGGCCCUGGCACUGGGGCACCCUGCAGCCACGGCAGGCAGGAGAAGAAGGGUGGCUGGCACUGCAGCAGGGAUGCUGGUGGGACCCAAGCAUCCCGGCCCCAAACCAAGAGUGUGACCCCCUCUCUCUGCAAGCACUCAUUUGUGAGGUCAGCUCACUGCUGGGUGCCAGGAUGAGGGUGCUCACCAGAGUGCAUCACCACAGGUGCUCAGUCUUAAUUCAUCCACUCACCUCGGAGUGAAUGCCCAGGCUGGAUCCUGGCACAGUGUCUUACCUGAGGAUGCUUCCCCUGCUUUGGUGGGUUCCUUGUAAAGCAGGGGCAGUGAGAGCUGCACAUCUGCUGAGCCAGGCACAGGAGGGACCUUCUGCAACCUCCUCCCACCAAGAAAUUCCUGCCUUUAAAAACCACCCACUUUUGUCCCCAGAUACUGCAGAAACCCAUGAGGAGCAGGUGGGUGCCCUGCAACACCCAGCCACGGGGGGCUGUGCCCAGCCCCGGCAGGCACCUUGUUCCAGGGACAGCAAGUAGGGUCAGCCCUGCCUUCCUGGAAUCCACCCAGCAUUUCCUCAAAGGCUUCACUGGGGAAAGUCCCUGCCGUGCCGUUCCCGCGGCCAGGCCGGCCCCGCCGCCGGCAGCCGACAUAAAACGGGCGCGGGCAGCGGCCCCGGCCCGUCACACCAUGGGCAACUGGCUCGUCAACCACUGGUUCUCAGCCGCCGUCCUCGCAGCCUGGCUGGGCAUUAACAUCUUCCUCUUCACAUACUACUUUCUGUUCUUUGACCGGAAUGACCGCUACUUCUACACCAGGGCCAUCCUCGGGUCUGCCUUGGCAUGGGCACGAGCAUCAGCCAAGUGCCUCAACUUCAACAGCAUGCUGAUCCUGCUGCCUGUCUGCCGCAACCUGCUCUCCUUCCUCCGCGGGACCUGCUCGUGCUGCAGGCGGACGCUGCGGAAGCAGUUGGACCACAACCUCACCUUCCACAAGCUGGUGGCCUACGCACUGGCCCUGUUCACAGCUGUGCACACCAUCGCCCACCUCUUCAACCUGGAGCGUUACAACAGCAGUCAGCAAGCCACUGAGCGCAGCCUCCACGCCGUCCUCUCCAAGAUGCACCUGAACGGCAGCAUGUGGCUCAACCCCAUCCACUCCAACCAGACGGUGAGCGCUGGCCCCGGCCCUGGCCCCCCGCCACCCCCUGCCCCGCUGACCCACCUGCCGCCCCUGCAGACCGUCGAGUACGUGGCCUUCACCACCAUCCCGGGGCUGACGGGGGUCAUCAUCACGCUGGUGCUCAUCCUUAUGGUUACUUCCUCCACUGAGUUCAUCCGCAGGAACUACUUUGAGGUCUUCUGGUACACCCACCACCUCUUCCUCAUCUACUUUGCUGGCCUCGUCAUCCACGGCAUCGCGGGGCUGGUGCGCGGGCAGACAGAGGAGAGCAUAGAGGAGGUUCCCCCCCAGCGCUGUGUCUCCUAUGUCACAUACAAGGACGAGGACUGCAGACAUGAGUGCUGCAAGGACCCCGAGUUUGGGAGCAUCCCUGCAGAGUCCUGGAAGUGGGUUCUGGCCCCUGUCCUCCUCUACACCUUUGAGCGGAUCCUCCGGGUCUGGCGAGCACGGCAGAAGGUGGUUGUCACUAAGGUGGUCAUGCACCCUGCCCGUGUGCUGGAGCUGCAGAUGCAGAAGAAGGGCUUCUGCAUGGAGGUGGGACAAUACGUCUUUGUCAACUGCCCCGCUAUCUCCCUGCUGGAGUGGCACCCCUUCACCCUCACCUCGGCACCCGAGGAGGACUUCUUCUCCAUCCACGUCCGGCUGGCCGGCGACUGGACGGAGCGUCUCAUCGACACCUUCCAGCAGCAGAAGCUGGAGAUGCCCAGGAUCGAGGUGGAUGGCCCCUUUGGCACGGCCAGCGAAGAUGUGUUCCAGUAUGAGGUGGCCAUGCUGGUGGGAGCAGGCAUCGGCGUCACCCCCUUUGCCUCCAUCCUCAAGUCCAUCUGGUACAAGUUCCAGCAGAAUGACCAGACCCUCAAGACCAAGAAGAUCUACUUCUACUGGCUCUGCCGCGACACAGGGGCCUUCGCCUGGUUCAAUGACCUGCUGGCCUCGCUGGAGCAGAAGAUGGCCGAAUCAGGCAAGGCUGACUUCCUCACCUACCGCCUGUUCCUCACUGGCUGGGACAGCAGCAUUGCCAACAACGUGGCGCUGCACUUUGACACCACAACAGACACGCUGACGGGCCUCAGGCACAAAACCAUCUUCGGGCGGCCCAUGUGGAACAGUGAGUUUGCAGCAGUGGCUGCAGCCCACCCCAGGUCCGUGGUCGGUGUGUUCCUCUGCGGACCGGAUGCCUUGGCAAAGAGCCUGCAGAAGUCUUGCCACCAGCACUCCAGCCUGGAUCCCAGGAAGGUCAAAUUCUACUUCAACAAGGAGAACUUCUGAGCAGCAGCCAGGCCGGGAGCCCUGCGGUGUCGCCUCCCUGCCAUGCCCGAGCAGGGCUGGGGAUCAGUGCCUGCUGCACUGCAGCACCCGAACCAGGCACAGCACAGCACAGGGCUCCUUCUCAGUGAGAAACUCCAGGUUCAGAGACUGCUUGCUGCCUUCUCCAGGCAGGUGUCUCAUGGGGGCAGCGAGGCUACAGCUCCACAUGAUCCCUCUGUGAGAAAGGAGAGGCAGGGGCUGCACUGCUGCUGCCGGGAAGCAGCAGGAGCGCCCAGCAGGCUGGGCGCUGGGCACAAGCAGGGGAUGGGAAAGGGACAGGAGAGGGGCAUGCCACGCAGGCACUGGGGGCCUGAUGUGCCACUCUGGGUUUAAACAGUCUUUUGCAUAAAAGGGUAAACUAAAAUGUGCUUUCAUUUGCAAUAAAAGCCUCUGUGGUGGCUCA